CAUAUUUUCAAAGCUCUUCUUUUUUUCCUUUUUGUUUUUUAAUUUUUUUACGACAGAGUCAGCGGUUACUCUGUCAUUACCAGGCUACAAUUGAAGUCACGUCCAACAUGGCGGAAGAAAGUGUGUUGUUGUGAAGUUAUAAACAUUCUAUCAUUUGACGCGUUUCUAGGCUAAAUAUGCAUUCUGCAACUGAUAGAUACGGCGUGGAUGUAUGCUUGACUAAAGAAGAUUCUAAAGAUGUCCCCGAAUGCCCUCAUGGUCCAAUGCUGCUAUUUGAACGCUUUUUUAAGGACGGCAAGCCAUCUGCUAAAUACUAUGCCUGCUCCGCUUGUAGAGACAAGAAAGAUUGUUCAUUCUUUCAAUGGGAAAAGGAAAAAAUCAGCAAAGCAAGAGAGCAAGCGCACAAAGAAAUCAUAGAAAAAACAAGGCCUUUAACACAACAAGUGAAUUAUGACAAAGAAUUGGAGAAGUUGUUUCAGGCUUCUACAACAAAUAGCAGUUUAUUGUGGACAUUUUGUCACACAUGCAAUGUGUUGGUUUGGGAUGAUAACGGAGGCAGGCAUAACGAACAUAGUUUACAAAGUGGUGAAGGUCUGAAUGAGCUCAGACAUCCAAGUAUGAUUUUAAAACCACUGGAAAAUGUCAAAGCUCAGGCUCAAUUUCUGUUUUCUAACCAAGCAACACAAUUUUUAGUAUCAACCAUAAGAAAAUUAGGAUUCAAGAAAGUUUUGUGUUUAGGAACGCCAAGAGUGCAUGAAAAAAUUCAACUUAACAAAACCAAGAAAAGCAAGCACAAACCAGCAAUGAAUAGCCUUCUACUUGACAUAGACUAUAGAUAUGGGCAAUUCUUUCCUUCUGGGUGUUUUGCUUACUACAACAUGUUCAACAAUCACUUCUUUGAAGAAAAUGGCCAGCAAACCUUAUUAGAAUUUAUGAAUUCUAGUGAAGGAGAUGACAUGGUUUUAGUCAUGGAUCCUCCAUUUGGUGGUCUAGUGGAAGUCUUGGCUGCCACUGUAAAGAAAAUAUGGAGGUUUUGGAGAGAUUGCACAGCAGUCAAAGACAAUAAAAAAGAAAUGCCAACAAUGUGGAUUUUUCCCUACUUUAUGGAAUCCCAUAUCCACGAGUCUUUGCCUUCCUUAAAAAUGAUGGACUAUAAAGUUGACUAUGAAAACCAUCCACAUUUUAAAGGCAAGCAAGAUAAAGGUUCCAAACGUGGAUCACCAGUCCGUAUAUUCACUAACAUUGACCCUGCAAGUAUUAAACUCCCAGUGGAAGAAGGAUAUAGAUUAUGCAAGAUUUGCAACAGAUAUGUCACCACUGAAAAUUUUCAUUGUUCAAAAUGCAACAGCUGUACCUCCAAGGAUGGUCGAAAAUAUGUACAUUGUGACCGAUGUGAAAAGUGUGUUAAACCAGGUCGUGUCCACUGUAGUGAGUGUAAUCGUUGUGAUCUUCCCAAUCAUGAUUGUCAAAGGUCGUCAAUAAAAGGCUGCCAUAUUUGCGGUGACAUGGGGCAUAAAAGAAAAAACUGUCCAACUCGCAAUCAACCAAAAAAAAGGAAGAGCAAUGUACACGAUGCAAAGGGUAAAAAAUCAUUAAAGAGGAAAAGCAAAGAUUCGUCAAAUAAAGAAGCGAAAAGAAGAAAAUAGACCGAAGAACUCAAGUUUUGAUAAAUAGGCCGGAUUCAGGGGCGUGCGUAGGAAGUUCCAGAACCCCAUUCCAUGGCUGUCAAAGUGAAAUAUAACUAAGACUUUAUUUUUGCUGAAGAAGGGCGAAUGCAGAGAAGCGUUCAAUAAAAAGUGGAAACCAAGUUA